UGGAAUUUGUUCUCCCAAAUUGCUUCAGAUUCUGGAUAGACCUUCAGAGAUGCCAGAAAAGCUUCUGCAAGAACGAUUUCGCAAGCUUAGUCGGUUUCCAGAGGCUUUCUGUUCCAUUCAGUACACAGGGACCAGAACAUAUAAUCCUCCAACUGACUUUUCCGGAGUGUUGCAGACCAUCGAACAGCAGUUGAACAACAAUGCAACUCGAUCUCCCAGACCUCCAGGAAUCAUUUUCAAGGCUUUGAAAGCUUUGAGCGAUCGUUUUAAUGGAGAAAUUGCAGAUGAUCAGAUGGCUCACAGUUGCUUCUUCCCUGAUGAAUAUUUCACUUGUUCUUGCACAUGUCUCAGCUGUGGUGCCCGUUCUGAAUUUUCGGAGGAAUUUGCUCACUUGUCCACCCUGCUGAUACACCAGAAAGUUCACACAGUGGAGAAACCAUUAAUCUGCUCUGAAGGUGGGAAGGAUUCGCUCAAUCAUCCACUUUGCUGA